UUUCUGACCACAUCAGCUGAACUGUAAGCUAAAGCAUCACCAUGCAGUCUCCUGGAAAAUCUCUGAAAGAAGCUCUGCUCUGUGCUCAGACCGAAGAUCGACUCACUGUUGGAGUCUAUGAGAGCGCUAAGAUCAUGACUGAUGACCCGGACAGUGUGUCUUUCUGCGUCCUGGCCAUGGAUGAGGAGUUUGAGUGUGACAUCGCUCUGCAGAUCCACUUCACCCUCAUCCAGUCCUUCUGCUUUGACAACGACAUCAGCAUCGUCAGAGUGAGCGACAUGCAGCGUCUGGCUGAGAUUGUUGGCGACAAGGCAGAGCAGCUUGAAGAUACCCACUGCGUCCUGAUCACGAACCCAGCUGAGGGGUCUUGGGAGGACCCAGCUCUGGAGAAGCUGCACCUGUUCUGUGAGGAGAGCCGUCGUCUGAACGACUGGGUUCCCGAGAUCAGCCUCCCCGGGCGUUGAUCUGGGACUCGGCUCCUCUCUUUGCUCAGAUGCUGUAAAGCUUCUUAAUCUGGAAAUACUCAUCCUGAUGAACAGGAUGACACUGUUUCUGCUCAUCCCUGGAUACUCCUGAGGAGGAUUCACGUCCAGGCAGCACGGCGCCGGCCCGAGGGGCCGCCCGUGACACCGUCGCCUCUUGUCCCGUCCAUGCCAAGAUGACUCUCAUUCUUUAUGUGAAUGAGGUCAGGUAUGCCACAAGAGCGACACAUCGACCCUCAUUCUUUGUGCGGAUGAGGUUUGGAGAGGAAGGAGAAGCGAGUUCUGCGUCCUGUGGUUCCACAGAGCAAAUGUCGCAUCUUGAAGCACGCGCAGCAGGAGAAGAAGCGGUGCUGAGGAAGAGGCGUUCUUAAAAAGAGACUUUUUAAAGAUGUCCUCUUUGCUGAGCAACAUGACAACAGUUGCAGUCAGCGAAAAUGUUUCCCACUUUCCAGAAUUGUCUUAAUUCUCUAAAGGUUUCACUUUAGAAAUUUAACGAUGACAAAAAAAUAUUCUUAAAAAAAAUAUUGGAAAAAAAAUAUUGUCUAAAGGUUUCACUUUAGAGGUUAACAAUGAGAGAAAAAAUACAAAAAGUGUCAACAUGAAACAAAUACAGGAGUUUGAGUCUGAUCUUGAAAUGUGAAAAAGAUGGAAAAGAAAAAAGAAAACCUGAAACCGUAG